GAUUCCCGCUUUCUCUCUCGCUCUCUAUUUUUCGCUUUCAGACGUUCACUCUUCGCUCGCUCUUCCUGUCAGCACACUCGCACCUUUUCUUCCUGUUACCUCAGCCCUUUAAGAACAGGUAAAUCAGAAUGAACGUGCCUGCUUUCACAACGCAUCCCCGCCGCAUUGCGCGCCUGGAGUUUAACUACAUGGAGGGUGCGAAUCGCGAGAAGAUCCCCUGCGCGGAGCGCGAGCUGAUGGACAAGAAUCUCCUGAACGUCACUCCGGUCUACCUAAACCACCUGUUCGCCAACGUUGAAGCCAUCCGCAAAGCGAGAAAGCCAGCCCCCGUCGCCGAUGCGGAGUUCGCCGCUGCUUGA